UCAAUAAAGUAUAACCUUAUCAAUACCGCUAUGGCUUCCGUAUAUUACCUUAUCGACGAUGCAAGAGACAUCGCAGACUACAUCAUCUGGAGCACUGAUGAAAAGUUCGAAUUGGACAAGAAGAGAUACUUCGCAGCCCUGGUAAUCCAAAGGACAUUCAGGGGUUUCGCUGUAAGAUGUCAGUAUAUGAACAUUGUAAAAUCCGCCAUCAUUAUACAGAAGUACGUCAGAGGGUAUCUUCUAAGGAUACACCUUCAUGAGAUAGCUGCUUCUACUUUCAAGGAAAAAUGCAUGAGAACCUUCAAUACUUUAGCCACGAAGAUCCAAGCGGCAUGGAGAGGUUACUGGGCGCGCAAGAAUUUCAACAUAGAUGAAAUCUUGAACGAGCGAAAGGAAGAACAGGAUACCCAAGCAGCCAUAUCAGACUUAUUCGGCAAGAUAUUCCGAUCUCGACAACCUGGGCAAUCUGAUUAUUCAUUGGAUAUGGAUGGGGUUGGUAUGGGAGAAAUGAGUGAAGAAGAUCGCAUCGCCCGUAGUGCGUCCAAGAAGUCACCAGAGAUCCUUCAGUCAUUAUUCGAAAAACAUCACCUACUAAGAACUUACCAGAUUGAAGGGGUGCUAUCUGAGCACGGUUCCAAAGAAUUAUCCCUCAUAGAAAAAUUCCUAAAGAAGCUAGAUUGUAAGGAAUACAUGACCAACGUUAGAAAACUGUAUGAAGAAGAUAACACUCCCAACUUCGAGUAUAUCUUCAGGAAUAAGAAAGCCAGGAUGAUCGAAGAUAUGCUCAGAGAACAUAAGCAUAGAGAAGGAGUGGAAAAGAAAGAGAGCAUCAAUAAGAAGAUACCGAGAUGCAUACAUCCUAAACCCUUUGUGUUGAACAAGAAACUCGAAGAGGAACCCUACGAGAUGAGGAUGUUGGCUUGUGAGGACUAUACAGGGUAUCCUUUUCCGGUUUUCAGGGAGAAGGAGAUGGAGGACAAUACGAAUCGUUUCAGAUUGGAUGUACAUCAUAUUGAUAAAAAAGUGAAAAAGGAGCCACCUUAUUUCAUCGAUCAUUGGAAGAAGGUUUGCUGCAAUCACAAUUUCAUGUACGAUUUUAUGGAUGACCGGAUUGGUUGAAAGAAGCAAUUUGAGAAUAUACCUAUUUUUAAACUUUCA